AUGCUGUCUCGCGCCAUUCGCGAGCAGCUCGAUGCCGGAGGCUGUGUCGAAAUCACUGACCGCGAGGGUGUUUUCUUCCCUCAGCACGAUGUCGAUCGCAAGUCCAUUGGUGUCCUCAUCGAGUACAUCAACUCCUACGACACCAGCAUGGAAGAUCGCUCUGCUCAAGUGCUGUCGCCAGCUCACGUUGGGUCCGACAACCUGGAGAGCAUGCUUCGUGCCUACGCUACGGCUCAUCACUUCAAGCUUGCUAUGACUACGCGUGGUGACGGCCUUCGUGAGGCCAUCGUCAAGAAGCUCGGCAGCGAGCCGGCCACGCUCCAGCAGCUCCAGCAGGUGCAUAAGUUCGGCUCAUUCGACUACGGACUCAUGUCUUCUGCUCUCCAUGCAUUCGUCGAGGCGAAGCUGAGCAGCAACGGCGCAAAGGACGAGGCAGAAGUUGAGGCCUUCAUCCACCGCAUCGGCUUCGGCAACAAGUUGGAGGGAAUUGAGUACUUUGUUCGUGCUCAGACUGAGAAGAAGGGAUCUGGCUCGAAGAUGGCUGUUGUCUAG